AUGGUGUCGGAGGCCAGCAAGAAGAAGGCUGCCCAGAAGAAAGCUGCCGCGGCUGCCAAGAGGGGAGGCAAGGCCGCGGUGGCGUCCUCGUCGUCUUCAUCUGCGACCGCGGCCGCCGAUAAGACGGCGAACGGCGUGGCGGCGCUCAAGCUAUCAGACCGCACCUGCACCGGGGUCCUCGCGUCUCACCCGCUCUCCCGCGAUAUCCACAUAGAGUCUCUUUCUCUAACAUUCCAUGGGCAUGACCUUAUUGUGGAUUCUGAGUUGGAGCUGAACUACGGGAGGCGAUACGGUUUGCUUGGGUUGAAUGGCUGUGGGAAAUCUACUCUUCUCACAGCAAUAGGCUGCAGAGAACUUCCUAUCCCUGAACACAUGGACAUAUACCAUCUAAGCCAUGAGAUUGAAGCUUCUGACAUGUCCGCACUGCAAGCCGUUGUUACCUGUGAUGAAGAAAGAGUGAAGUUGGAAAAGGAAGCAGAAAUUUUGGCUGCACAGGACGAUGGUGGUGGCGAAGCGUUGGAUCGUGUUUAUGAGCGUCUAGAUGCAAUGGAUGCUGGAACUGCAGAAAAGCGAGCUGCUGAAAUAUUAUUUGGUCUGGGUUUUAACAAACAAAUGCAGGCAAAGAAAACUAAAGAUUUCUCUGGAGGUUGGCGUAUGAGGAUUGCUUUGGCAAGAGCACUGUUUAUGAAUCCAACAAUCCUUUUGCUUGAUGAGCCAACAAACCAUCUAGAUCUUGAGGCUUGUGUCUGGUUGGAAGAGACACUAAAGAAAUUUGACCGCAUACUUGUUGUCAUAUCACACUCUCAAGAUUUUCUAAAUGGAGUGUGCACUAACAUUAUCCAUAUGCAAACCAAGAAGCUCAAGUUAUACACCGGUAACUACGAUCAGUAUGUUCAAACUCGCUCCGAGCUUGAAGAGAAUCAAAUGAAGCAGUACAAAUGGGAGCAGGAACAGAUUGCUUCAAUGAAGGAGUAUAUUGCUCGCUUCGGUCACGGUUCUGCAAAGCUUGCUCGUCAGGCUCAGAGCAAAGAGAAAACUCUUGCAAAGAUGGAGCGAGGUGGUCUCACUGAGAAGGUUGUUAGGGACAGAGUUCUAGUGUUCCGGUUUACAGAUGUUGGCAAGCUUCCUCCACCAGUGCUGCAGUUUGUUGAAGUCAAGUUUGGGUAUACACCAGAUAAUCUCAUAUACAAGAGUCUGGACUUUGGUGUUGAUCUUGACUCUAGAAUCGCAUUGGUUGGUCCCAAUGGGGCAGGGAAGAGCACUCUUCUGAAGCUUAUGACUGGUGACCUUGUUCCAUUAGAUGGCAUGGUUCGGCGCCAUAAUCACCUGCGCAUUGCGCAGUACCAUCAGCAUCUGGCAGAGAAGCUGGAUCUGGACAUGUCAGCCCUGGCUUACAUGAUGAAGGAAUACCCUGGGACCGAAGAAGAGAAGAUGCGAGCUGCUGUUGGCAGGUUUGGCCUGUCAGGAAAGGCGCAGGUGAUGCCGAUGAAGAAUCUUUCUGAUGGGCAAAGGAGCCGUGUCAUUUUUGCAUGGCUGGCAUAUAGGCAGCCGCAACUGCUACUGCUUGAUGAGCCGACAAACCAUCUGGAUAUUGAGACCAUUGACUCCCUGGCAGAGGCACUGAAUGAGUGGGAUGGUGGUUUGGUCUUGGUGAGCCAUGAUUUCAGGCUGAUCAACCAGGUUGCUCAAGAGAUCUGGGUGUGUGAGAAUCAGGCGGUGACAAGGUGGGAAGGUGAUAUCAUGGAUUUCAAGGCACACUUGAAGAACAAGGCUGGUUUAUCUGAUUAG